AUGAAUAAAUCACUUCAUGCCAAAUGGAUUUGGAGGUAUGGCAAUGAGGAAAAUGCACUUUGGAGAAAAGUUGUUAACCACAAAUUUGAGGAAAAUGAAAAAGCUUUUCUUCCUAAUCAAACAACUAAACCAAUUGGCAAGAGUCUUUGGGAUGGUAUUUUGAAGUCCAGAGAACAGGUUGAGAUGAACACUACUUUUCAUGUGAGCAAGGGUGAUAGGGUUUUGUUCUGGAAGUAUAAAUGGAUGAAUGGUCAAUCUUUGAUGAGUUUAUUUUCAGCACUAUUUCAUUUGAGCAGAAUGCAGGAAGCUACUAUACAAGAGAUGCUUGUGUACAAUCAAGAAAACAGUUGGAAUUUUGUUUUUUGCAGGAACCUAAAAGAUGAAGAAAUUGAAGAUGUUGCACACUUGCUGGAUCUGAUUUCUAUAUUUACAAGGGGGGAUGCUGAAGAUUACAGAGUUUGGCAGAAUGGCAAUAAGCCUUUUUCUGUGAAGGACUGUUACAAAGAUCUGGAGAUUCAUGGGAUGAUUUACUUUCCUUACAAGUGUGUAUGGAACCCAAAGAUUCCACAUAAGGCGGUUUUUUUUGUAUGGAAUCUUUUUUUUGUGGUUGCUGAAACUAUGGACAUAUACAAGAACUCUAUCAUGGUCAAUGGCUUCCUUUUAUGCAAGAAAGAUGCAGAGACAAACCAUCAUAUUUUUCUGCAUUGUGACACUACCAGAGAACUUUGGUUUUUCUUUUUGUCAAUCUACAGUUUACAAUGGGUGUUUCAACAGUCAGUCAGGGAUACAACCUGGGAGUGGAAAAGAAAGAAAGGUUCACAAGGCAGUUUAAAGCAAAGAAUUUGGGACAUUAUUCCUUUUGUUAUCUGGUGGGAUGUAUGGUUGGAAAGAAAUGCAAGGUUUUUCAAUGGGAAAUACAAAUCUGUAGAAGAAUUGAAGGAUUCUAUCAAAAUGCUGAUCUAUAAUUGGUGCACUGGGACUGAUAUUUUUGAGGGAGUUUUUCUGAAUUCUGUUUUGAAUUAUUGGGAGGUGGUAAUGCAUUAG